GUCGCUCGGUCGCCGUUGCAGCGGCCGUUCACUCAUCUCCGUUAACAGUGCCACAGUUUGUCAAAUUGUGGCAAUCUUUUCGACAGGACGGAGGGAGCAUGUUCUUAAUCAAUGGUUUGCAUUUGUUUGUACAAAAUCAAUCCAAACCGAACCGCAAUUUUAUCUCUGAGUUCCAUCUUUGGUUUUGGGUAGAAACCGAACCCACCCCUACUCUGCGGUGCAUACAUUGUUGCUUGUGCUAGGUUAAUUAGAUUUGGAUUAGUCCAUGGCUUCUUCAUGUUUCUGCCCACCAAAACACGCCCUCUCCAUCUCCAGACCCAAUCGCACCUUCCUCGGAGCCACUCCUCAUGACUUUGCCCCUCGGCUCCCCUCCUGUUUUAUUCCUUCAUCCUGCCGUUCGGUGUCCACUGCUGUGACUCCACUGAAGGUCCAAGCAAAUUCAGCAGUUCCUUUAAUGGACUUGUCUCUGAGCAAAGCUUCUUCUUCGGUCCCAACGGUUGUUGAAGUGGAUGUCGGGAACCAUAGCUACCCGAUCUACAUAGGUUCUGGCCUCCUUGAUCGACCCGAGCUUCUCCAAAGGCAUAUUCACGGAAAGAGAGUUCUUAUAGUAACAAAUACGACAGUUGCUGCUUUAUAUCUGGACAAAACUAUCAGUGUUUUAACAUGUGGAAAUCCUAGUGUCGGUGUUGAAAGCGUGAUCUUGCCAGAUGGAGAACAAUUUAAGAACAUAGAUACUCUCAUGAAAGUUUUUGAUAAAGCUAUUGAAUCACAACUGGACCGACGGAGCACAUUUGUCGCCCUCGGUGGUGGAGUUAUUGGUGACAUGUGUGGAUAUGCCGCCGCUUCUUAUCUUCGUGGGGUUAAUUUCAUUCAGAUUCCUACAACUGUUAUGGCACAGGUAGACUCUUCAAUUGGGGGUAAAACUGGAAUUAACCACCCGCUUGGUAAAAACAUGAUCGGCGCCUUCUACCAACCUCAAUGUGUGCUUAUAGACACCGAUACUCUGAAUACACUACCAGACAGAGAGCUAGCUUCUGGCAUUGCAGAAGUUGUAAAAUAUGGGCUUAUCAGAGAUGCAGACUUUUUUGAAUGGCAAGAGAAGAAUAUGCAAGCAUUGUUGGCAAGGGACCCUGAUGUAUUCGCUUAUGCUAUCAAGCGCUCAUGUGAAAACAAGGCUGAAGUGGUAUCAUUGGAUGAGAAAGAGAGCGGAUUGAGGGCUACAUUGAACUUAGGCCACACCUUUGGUCACGCAAUAGAGACCGGUGUUGGCUAUGGCCAGUGGCUGCAUGGUGAAGCUGUAGCUGCUGGAACGGUUAUGGCUGUGGACAUGUCGCGGCGCCUUGGGUGGAUUGAGGAUUCAGUUGUACAACGGGUGGAUCAUAUUCUUCAACGGGCAAAACUGCCAACUACACCUCCAAAAACGAUGACAGUUGAGAAGUUUAAGUCCAUCAUGGCUGUCGAUAAGAAAGUGGCUGAUGGGGAGCUAAGACUGAUCCUUUUGAAAGGUCCGCUUGGCAAUUGUAUAUUCACCGGUGACUACAACAAGAAGGCCUUAGACGAAACGCUCCACGCAUUCUGCGCAUCAUAGUAUUCGUCAAAUCGUCAUGGCGGUAGGAGAAUACAUUUCUCCAAUACAUUCUUAAUAGUGUCAGAAUCUCCAUUUCUUGAGAUGGCAAACUACUUUCAAGAGACGUUUACAACAUGUUUCUUUGUCUAUUUGUAUAUUUAAGAGUCAUCUUUGACACAUUUGUUUGUUCAUAUGUGUGAGAGUUUUUUCUAUUCGGAAUUUAAUGAAUUCAAUCGCUGGACAAACUUAUUGGGUCGGUGUUACGUUGUAUAGUGUUGUAUUAUUUCUCUUGUAAAAUUAGAAGUCGAUGAAAUCAAUAAAAAAAAUGAUAGACAAGGAAUUGUUGUGUUUUUUAAUAAUAUUGACUCUAUUAC